GGUCGUUGUCACCCUUAGCCAUGGUAUCGUCCCCGUGAGUCUUGAUACUCUCCCCAACGGCCCCUUCGUGCCGGAACAUUGAUGUCAGAGGCCUUGGUACGACAACAUGUCGGCAACAUGACGCCUAUACCGAUGACCCGCACGUUUCCCCUCUCCUUCUGACCCUUCCACUCCAUCCUUCCACCCAAAUCCUUUGCUAGCAAUUCCUCGUCGUCGCCCGCCUGGGUUCCCUUCCGGAGCAUGGUAUUUUGGCACUUUCGAUGGUGUCAACGCUUUCACUCAGUCGACCGAGUCGGGCGAGGUGCCUUACAGCGUUACGAAUGUCAGUUCUUGAUUUAUGAAUCUACUACUUGCUCAUAUCUCAUCCCUGCUCCCGUAUCCCUCGUCCCUGGUGAUCCGGCAGACAUGCACCUUUCUGAACCGGAUAUAUGCACCUCGGCGUCAAUUCGUCUGUUGCAGGGAGAAUCCCCAUUGCUCUGGAUGGGAAACAUAAGCGAGGGGGCACCAAUAUGGUUUGACGGCAGAACAGAGUCCACUGUCUCCAUGCCGUACCCGCCGGUUAACUUCAGGAUGGGUUACAUCAACCAUCCAGGUGCCUCGUAUGGUGAUCAAGUGUUGUUUGAUGCUAAAUCACUAGCACUUUUGGUCGAGCAAGGGGGCGAGUCGACUUCUCAAAGACCGGAUGACGACUCCAAUUGUCGUCAAAAUUAGCAAGUCGUUUAGGAUGGGUCGGGGGUCAUUGCGAUUCUUUCUUCUCCACUUGUUAGUCGCCUAGUUCGAGCGUUUUUCUGUCACUACGUUAUACAUUGUCCUCUGAUUUGUACAUCAUUGCGCUUGACAUUUUAUAAUAUUAAUGAUAACGAGUUAGUUGUGAAUGGCAGGUGAAGGGGGAAACAACAUCCUCUUGCUCUGAAGUCGAAUGGCGAAGCGCCACCACCCCGAACAAG